GGUUAUGACGGCAGCGGAGGAGUUGUCCUGGCGGAAGCAAGUGGACGACAACCUCAAGAGGCUCCAUUCGCUCCUCUUCGGCGCCGAAGCCGCCCUCGAGAGGCGCGACUUCUCGGCGGCUCAUGUCCUGGGGCUCCGCCUCCUUGGCUUCCUCGACUCCCAAUCUCUCUCCGACCUUGACCACUCCUUCCUCCGUCCCAUCCGCCGCCAAGCUCUCUCCAAUGUCGAUUCCGCUCGCCGCGCCCUCGUUCACGAUUCCGAUCGAAAAGCAUUUGAGCUGGCAAAGAAAGCUCCUGGAUGUGUUUUCAGCACAGGAGUAGAUAUUGACAUUGAGAAGAUUAAGCAGUCGAAAUACUUUCGAGCUCUUGUUCAGCAGCCAAGGGGAAUGGCUGUAAAUGAAUUGGAAGAUCAAUUGAAGACGAAGGAUAAGUUGAGUAGCAAGGUGUUGAAAACUACGAAUCAAGCAAAAAUGAAAUUGUUCAGAAACAACAUCUCAAGGGAAGGUAAUGGCACAUCCAAGAACUAUUUGACCUCUGGAAGUAGCAGUUGCGGGGACUGCAUUAUGGUAGAAAAGCCGAUGCCAUUUAACAAGCAAAUCAAAGGUCAAACUUCCUUGUCUUAUCAAAAAGCCAAAGAGGAAGAAAGAGCUUAUGGAAAUGCCCUGGGAGCAAAACGUGUGCAGGUGGACAUUAGUAGCCCCAAGAUGAAUUCCCCCUCAAGCACUGAAGAAAAUGCUGCCGCUAAUGGCAAUGGAUUUGUGACUGCGAAAGCAAAAUUAGAAAUGGAUGCAAGGCAAAGAAGAGGGUUAUCUGGAUCACCAAAUUCUUCUGUCUCUCUACAGAGUGAUGGUAAUGCAUCAAGGGGUUAUGGUGGGAGACCAUAUGGGUUUUCACGCCGCGGUGUUCAUGGUAAUUUUAUUCCCCCUAUCAGAUCCAAUAGUGGCAACUCAGGAAAUGUGACCUCACGAAUUGCUGGAAAGACUGAGGACACAUUAGAUGACACAACAAAGAGAUGUUUGGACAUGCUAUGUGGUCCUGAUGGCGAGCUUCCAGAAAAAUUAAGAAAUCUGGAGCCUCGUCUCCUUGAACAUGUUAGCAAUGAGAUUAUGGACAAGGAUCCCAAUGUUCGUUGGGAUGAUAUUGCUGGUCUGGAGCAUGCUAAAAAAUGUGUGACAGAAAUGGUGAUAUGGCCUUUAUUACGUCCUGAUAUAUUUAGAGGAUGUCGUUCUCCUGGAAAAGGACUUCUUCUCUUUGGUCCACCAGGAACAGGCAAAACAAUGAUUGGAAAAGCCAUAGCUGGAGAGGCGAAAGCUACCUUCUUUUACAUAUCUGCCAGUUCACUGACGAGCAAGUGGAUUGGAGAGGGUGAAAAACUAGUGAGGGCCCUAUUCGGAGUUGCCAGUUGUCGUCAGCCGGCUGUGAUUUUCGUUGAUGAAAUUGAUUCACUUCUAUCUCAGCGCAAGUCAGAAGGUGAGCAUGAAUCAAGUAGAAGGCUUAAAACACAAUUCCUAAUCGAAAUGGAAGGGUUUGACAGUGACAGUGAACAAAUUCUGCUUAUAGGAGCGACAAAUCGACCCCAAGAACUUGAUGAAGCGGCACGGAGGCGACUUACUAAGAGACUUUAUAUCCCUUUACCUUCACCAGAAGCGAGAGCCUGGAUUGUACAAAAUCUUCUAGAGAAGGAUGGACUAUUCAAACUUGAAAAGGAGGACAUUGAUACCAUUUGCAAAUUAACCGAAGGGUAUUCAGGUUCAGACAUGAAAAACUUGGUGAAGGAUGCGUCAAUGGGUCCGCUGAGAGAGGCUUUAAAACAAGGCAUAGAAAUAACAAAGCUGAAAAAGGAGGAUAUGCGACCAGUAACUCUUCAGGACUUCGAGCAUGCAUUGCAAGAGGUGAGGCCUUCAGUUUCCUUGAAUGAACUUGGCACCUAUGAGGACUGGAAUAAGCAAUUUGGAAGCUUGUCACUCUAAGGCUUAAAUUUUAUAAUUCAAAUUAAGAUUGUAAUAUCACAUUGUUGAUGGAUAUCUAAUAUCCACCACCACCUUCUUAAUUCGGAAAAAUUACUAUUAUAAUGAUCAUAAAGUGGCCUAGCAGGAGGCUCAUAGCCCUUCUAUAGCAAUAGCCGUUGAAAAAGGUUGAUUUACCAACUGCCUGAGGAAUCGAUGACUAAGCUAUGAUCCUGCUUUAAAUAAA